GAUGUUAGCACUCCAAGUGAGUAACCUCCUCUACUAAUCUCCUUGUUUUGACUCAGUUGAUAAGAUAAAUGAAUUCUUCAAUGCUGUCGGCAUUCACCUGUUAGAUUCUGUUCUUCAAGUAUAUAAUAUUGAAGAAAUGUCAGUGAAAAUUCACGAAGUCAAAGGAUACGAUGAUUAUCAGAGCAAAGUCAGCAAUUUGAAAAAUUCGAAGGAACCUGUGUAUUGCUGGUAUAUGGGAGCUAGAGUUAAUGGCCAGAGCUGGUGUGGAGAUUGUCGUGACAGUGAACCAGUUAUAAAGGAUUAUUUGAAUUCUUUAAAAUUAUCAGAAAAUAUACAUGUUGUCUGCGUUGAAGUUGAUCGUGAAGAAUUCAGAGCACCAGACUGUAAGUUCAGAAGUGAUGCAUCAGUUAAUCUUCUAAAGGUUCCAACCUUGUUUAAUCCUUCUCUUCAAAAGCGGUUGGUAGAAAGAGAUUGCAUGGAUUUACAUAAAUUGGAUUCAUUUUUUUCUGAUGUUUUGAAAGUCUAGCUAAACACAGUUGUUUAAAUCAAAAUGUCUUUGAAAAAAUAUAACAAGUUUUUACUUUUUAUGAUUAAAUAUUUUUAAAU